AGAAAAAGGGGUUGUCGAAAAUGAGGCAACCGGGGGCGUAUUCGAAAUUACUAUCGGGAGGAGUAUCGGGGAAAACGGGACCGCAUUCAUUGCCACUCGCAAGAAUAAAGAAAAUAAUGAAGAAAUCGAGCGAAGAUGUGAAAAUGAUAUCGGGUGAGGCUCCGAUAGUGUUCUCCAAGGCGUGUGAGUUGUUCGUCGAAGAGUUGACGAAGAGGGCUUGGUUGAUUACGCUGCAAGGAAAGAGGAGGACAAUGCAGAAAGAUGACGUGGCGUCUGCUGUUAUUACAACUGAUAUUUUCGACUUUCUUGUCAACCUCGUUGUUGAAGAUCGUAACAAUUCUACUGCUGCUGUUGCUGCUAAUAAACUCGGCUGA